AUGGCAGCCGCUUCAUUCUCGGCAGACCCUGUCGAUGUGGCAAGAAACCAGAGCGAGGGCGGCGCACGCGAGCACAACCGCCAAGAUGCAAACACGGACGUCAGCAACUUACCUGGCAAUGUUGAAUCACUGAUACAUUUGGAUGGGACAGCCCGUCAGAUUGAACCCCAGAUCCGUGGCCAUCCCGAACAUUGGUCCAACAGGACUUUCGUCUUCAUCAUGGUGUUUUGCUGCUUGCUCGGGAUGGGUGGCUUUUGCAAACAGCCGGUAGGUGUCUCAGUCUGCACUCUCGUCAUAUCAUUUACCCUGAGCAGUAACCAUGUCAACACGGAACUGCGUCUACCGGAAAAUGACCAUCAAUUGUCCACCAUGUGGUUGUUGGGCAGUUCCAUUGGGUUCCUGCUAGUCGGUCGACUUUCGGAUUUAUAUGGACGCAGGUGGUUCAUUUUCUGCGCCUCCUUUCUCGGGGCCAUCGGCAGCAUCCUUGGCUGGUUUGGCAGCAGUAUUGGGGUUCAUUUCGCAGCCAAUAUUUGCAAUGGUAUUGCAGCAGCAGCCCAAAUCUCAUUCGCCUUCGUGGUCGGAGAGCUCGUCCCGGCCGAAGUCAGGGCGCUCUACUUCCCUGCCACACUCCUGGCUCCCUGUGUCGCCGCUUUUGUCCUCCCUGCCGUUACACCAACCGCUUCGCUCGAUAACACUACAGCAUGGCGUCGGAACUACUGCUUAGGUACCAUCUGUGCAUUCUUCUCUGCAUGGGUAUACCUUUGGUGUUACUUCCCACCGUCGUACAGACAGCUCAACGUCGCCGGAGGAUCCAUGCUCCAGAUGGUCAAAAGCGUGGACAUCAUCGGCAUCUUUUUCUUCAUCUUCGGCUGCGUUUUAACGCUGUUUGGACUCUCUUGUAUAGGGCCUGCGUACCAAUGGGGAAGAUACGAGGUGGUCGGUAUGCUACUCGGCGGCGGUACAUCUUUUUUGGUAUUCAUCAUCCAUGAAGUGUUCUUUUGCAAGACGUCGGCCCUGUUGCCUCCAAAGCUGUUCAGAAAUCGCCACUACGUUGCCCUUGUCAACAAUGCUGCCUUCGCUUCCAUGACGUAUUCGGUUGUCUAUGUCUUCUGGCCAACCAUCGUAGGGAAAGUCUUUGAUGAGAACCCGGAUGCCAUCUCGAACGCCAUUGCUUGGCAAGAGGCCAUUCUGGGCGGCUCGCUCUGGUACGGCAUGGCUCUCGCAGGCACCUUUCUAAGUUUGUUUCACCUAGCUAAAUCAAUAUGCCUUAUUUCGGCAUCUGUGGCCAUGAUUGUGCUGGGCUGCUUGGGCGGCAUGCAAUUGGAUGAACUGAUCCAAAUCACAGUAUUAAUAGCCUUGUUGUGCGUAGCCAUUGGUUUCAUCGAGAAUGUUGCGAUUACAGGCGUGACAUAUGUCUGGGACGCACAGGACAUUGGGCUGGCUUUCGGCGUUCUUGGUUGCCUGUGUAGCCUGGGCUGUGCUUUCGCCCAGGUCGGGUUCGCUUCUAUCUUGGACUAG